AUGCAUUCGGCCCCAAAGAGAGAAAGGCACCAUGCGAAUAUUCGCAUCCGUCGCCGCUCGGAUGUCGAAAAGAAAAUCAGGAAAGAAAAAGGCGACAAGGAAAAAUGCAAGGAUAUAGAUUGCGAAUCCAUCGUUUCAGCAUCUUCUUCAACCCCUCCGGCCACACAAUCAGCAUCUGCUGGCGGAAAAUGCCCUUUCCGGUUUCUCUUAUCCAACAUGAUUGAUGCCGAAGAUGGAAGCCAAAACGGCUGUCCUUUACGCAGAGUACAAUUGUGGCAUACAGUACCAUUUUGCUUAUUGGCUAUCAUCAACUUGUUACUUAUCAUUAUUGCGUUGUUGGGAUUGGCCGGAUAUAAGAUUACAAUGGGGGUUCAGAGAGUCGUCGUUGAUGUGAUGAGAUCAGAUUUGGAAGUGGAGCCUUACGUUGAAAGGGAAAGUGAAGUGGACACCAAUGGUGGAACUUUGCUUGAAUAUUAG